AAACACCGGUAUCCUCUAAGCGAGGACUCAAAGAAAAAGAACUUUUGGAGAGCGAAAGAACACGAAGAGAGAGCUUUUUCGGAAUCAACAACUUAACGCGCGCACUCGCAGCGACAACACAAUGGCAAGGAUUAUGAUGUGAAGGUGCUGGCGGAACUCGGAGAAUUUACAAUUGAGUACAGGACACAAACGCGAACGCACACGCUUCGAUUGUGGGCGCUGCCACGGGAAAAAGCCAAGUUGAACCAGUGCCUCCUAACCGACAAAAAAUUGAAAUAAUUGCUUAAACCGAAGAUUUUCCUGAUUCAACUGACGUCGGCUGGCUAACUACUUGAUAUCUGUAACAAAAAAGCAAAUUUCAAUUUAAACAAAAUCAAUACCCAAAAUCAACAUACGAAAAUAUCAAAAGAGUGUGACGCGUAAUUUAAUUUACCAGCGAACAACUACUACCACAAAAAGCGCUCUGCAUAAAAAUCCCGCGAUAAACCCGCGCCAAAUCCGACUGCAACCAACCAAAAUACCAAGCGAUACAAAGUCAACAACAAUUUUUGGAAUUAAUUUUAUUUGAUGCGCGCGCUCAUAAAAAUUUACAUAGAAAGCGGCAUAAAAUAAAUACACCCGGCCAGCGAGAACGCGAGCGACGAGAGUGAAUUGGUUAACCAUGGAAAAGGCGUAACUGGCAACUGCUGACCCAGGCCCUAUAACUUUAGAUGAGCGCGUUACUGUGCCACAAUUUCGGUUUACACCUGUCGAAGCUGCCACUCCCACGAGAAACUUUUUCUACCGCAACAAAAAUAACAAAAACCACAACAAGAAAAACAAAUACAAAUACAAAAACAAAAAUCAAAACAAAAACAAAAACAAAACGAGCAACAACAUCAGUGAUAUGGAACUGUGCAUAGCAACAAAGUCAAAAACGGAAAUCGCUCAGAGUUCAAUGCAGCAAAGCAACUACUAUCAAAAGAAAUGCCACCAAAAUCAAACAAAUACUCAAGUACAGAGCACUCAGCAAAGCAAUUGCAGCAGCCACAGAGAUCGAGACCACCUGACAAAGCAGCAACAAAACCAACGAACAAAUAGUGCAACAGCAACAUCAUCAAAUUUUAAGAGCAACAUCAGCAGCAGCAGCAGCAGCAGCAACAUAAUCAGCAGUAGCAACAUUAAUAGAAAAGCCAGCAAAAACAGCAGAAAACCCAGUAGGAGCACACAAUUAAACACACUCUAUUCGCUGCUGGUGCUUUUGAUAGUCGGCCUUGCCACCGUCAGCGCCUCCCCCAGCCUGCCACAUCCCUCCCCCUUCUCCCUUUCACGCGAGAGCAGGCGCGAUGCUCUUUUGGCCUACUACAAGCGCGCCCACCUGCAACCAAGUAGCGAUGCCUCCGGCGACGCCUCCCUGGGGCACAAGUACCAGUACCAGCAGCAGAACCUGCACCUGCACCAGCCCCAGUACGAGUAUCAGUAUCACCUGCACCACGAUGCAACCGGCCUUGACUUUGACGAGCUAACGCCCACCGUCAGCGUUGUGUCCGUCCUCAGUCGGGCGGAGCGUUUUCGGUUGCGUAAGCGGAGUGCCACCCCCACAACGCCAGCAACUGUGGCGGCCACGGCGGCAACAUCGCCAGUUGCCGCUGCAACAUCGCCACCUGCCGCAGCAGCACCAUCCAGUGAAGCCAAAAAAACGGAGGAGAAGUGCGAGCCCAAAGUAUUGGAAGCGCUACCCGACGAGCCGUUUUACGACUAUACAGACAUCGCCGAGGAUGCCGCACGCCAGUUCAUUGAAUUUUUAUCGAGUAAAUUCCCAAAUGCCAACACGCCGAUUACCAUCGAUGAGCCGACACGUGCGGAGGUGAGUCGCCGGGCCAAUGGCAUCGCCAGCUAUGCCCUCAACGAGGACGACAAUCUCCUGGCAUUCGCCAUCGCAGCGCCCAGCAUUCACACGGUGGUCGUUAAAUUCAGGGAUAACGUUACGAUACCACCGGAUCAGGUGCACAACAAGGCAUAUUUGGGUUCCUACUGGCGGGAGUUGGGUGCGGCCUGGAACAGCACGGAUGGCACUCAGGAGUGGGGGGCACCGUUUCGCGACUGCAACCUGUUGACGCGCCGCUGGCUCUGGCCAUUUCGCAUAUCCUUCAGCGAGCACAGGAUCAAAGUUGUGGCGGCUGCCUUUAUUGCCGCCGACGAGGAUGUGUGCAACGAUGGCCUGGAGGAAGUUUUCGGUCGUCGACAUGGUUGCGAUCGGAAUACGACUUUCUGCCUGCUCACCGAGAACAAACCCGCCGCCACCAGGGAUGUGUACACCUGUUUGUGCCGCGAAUCCUACUACCUGCCCAACUCCACGCUCCAGGGAUUCCGAGGCGAUCGCGUGGAGCUGUCCGAGGGAUACGACAACUACUCCUGCAUCCCGUGUCCCGGCGGAUGCUCGAACUGUGACAACAACGGCGUCUGCCUCACCUUUCAGGAGGAGGAGGUGCUCAAUGUGGACGCCUGCCUGCGCCUCCUGGUGGCCAUCGUCCUGGGCGCCUGCAUCCUGUGCUGUGUCGUCCUCGGGGUGAUUGUCUUCCGGCAGAGAAAGUGCAAGGCCAUAGCCUCGGGCAUGUGGACAGUGCUGGAAACGAUACUGCUGGGCAUUGUUUUACUUUAUGCAUCCGUUGCCGUCCAUUUCUUUCCCGCCUCCACCGAACGAUGUCUGCUGGAGCCGUGGCUCCGCGAGCUGGGCUUCAUCACCUGCUACGGGGCCAUCAUCCUGAAGCUGUACCGCCAUUUGGUGGACUUUCGCACCCGCAAGGCGCAUCGCUGGGUGCUGCGCGACGUGGAUCUGCUCAAGUACCUGGGCACCAUGGUCUUCGCCGUCAUCUGCUACAUGGCCGCCUUCACGGCCUCGUCGCUGGACCUCCUGGAAAGCGCCCAGCUGGAGAGUCUCAGGGAGGCGGACACGAACACCUGCCACCCGCUCAAGUGGGAGCUGGUCACGCAGACCAGCGAGAUGCUCAUCCUGUGCUUCGGGCUGCACCUGUCCAUCGCCAGUCGGAAUGCCAACACCCAGUUCCGGGAACGGCAAUUUCUGGUGACCGCCCUGACGCUGGAGUUCCUGGUCUCGUCCAGCUUCUACUUUCUGCGCUUUGUCUACCUGCCGGAAAUGAGUCCCAGCGCCAUUCUGCUGGCCCUCUUCAUCCGCUCCCAGCUGACGAACAGCUUCGCCUUGGGUCUGAUAUUUGUGCCAAAGCUGUGGUAUCAGCACAAGCAGGUUCGUUCGCUAGCGUAUGAUCUAUCAAUACGUUUACCUGUGGAUGCUUUCAAGGGUACGUCGCACGACGCCGGCCAGCGGCUGGGCGGAGGAUAUGCCGGGCUCUGUCUGGGCGAUCCGGACAUCGGGGAGCUGACCAUAUCCGAAAUGAGUCCCGAGGACAUACGCGCCGAACUUAAAAGACUGUACACUCAACUGGAGAUUAUGAAAAACAAGACUCUGAGGCAGGACAAUCCGCACAUCAGUAAGCGACGUGGCGGACGGAAGGCGGGUCACCGUCGCUUCUCCCUGCAGAAAAAGGGCAGCAAGGAUAAGGCUCUUAGUGCCAAACACCGCAGCAACAAGCAUCACCAGGACAUCGAGAUCACCGAGGCGGAACCUUCCCGAACGCCCGAGGACUCCGUUUGCAGUGCCGAAGGACCCACGGACACCUAUGCGGAAAUAUCGGGCGUGUCCCACUCAAUGCUCUCCCACUCGAUGGUCUCCCACUCCGUUGUCUCGCACUCAAAGUAG